AAAUACAAUUCUUCGUUUCGCUUCCGGCCUCUUCUUUUUGAACAUCAAACUCUAAGCUACAGAACACACUCUUCUCUUACACUGCCGAUCUAGGGUUUCCUCCAUUUCCCCCCUUUCACCCAGUUCUCUCUCCCUUUUAAAAUGGCUCUCUCAGCACAAACUCCCGAUAUUAUGGGCGAACGUCAGUCGGGCCAGGACGUCCGUUCUCAAAACGUGGUGGCGUGUCAAGCGGUUGCCAACAUUGUAAAGUCCUCUCUCGGGCCUGUUGGACUGGACAAGAUGCUGGUUGAUGAUAUUGGUGAUGUAACAAUUACUAAUGAUGGUGCUACAAUACUCAAGAUGUUGGAAGUUGAGCAUCCAGCUGCCAAGGUACUUGUUGAAUUGGCUGAACUUCAGGACCGAGAAGUUGGGGAUGGGACAACUUCAGUGGUUAUUGUUGCUGCAGAGUUGCUUAAGAGAGCUAAUGAUCUGGUGAGAAAUAAGAUUCAUCCAACAUCUAUAAUUAGUGGAUACAGGCUUGCUAUGAGGGAAGCAUGCAAAUAUGUGGAUGAAAAAUUGGCCGUAAAGGUUGAAAAACUUGGAAAAGAUUCACUUAUAAAUUGUGCCAAGACAAGCAUGUCCUCAAAGUUGAUAGCUGGUGACAGUGACUUCUUCGCAAGUUUGGUUGUAGAUGCAGUACAAGCAGUAAAAACAACCAAUGCACGGGGUGAAGUUAAAUACCCAAUUAAGGGAAUUAAUAUUUUGAAAGCUCAUGGAAAAAGUGCAAAAGAUAGCUACCUGUUGAAUGGUUAUGCUCUAAAUACUGGCCGUGCGGCCCAAGGAAUGCCUCUUAGAGUUGCCCCUGCAAGGAUUGCCUGCCUCGACUUUAAUCUUCAAAGGACAAAGAUGCAAUUGGGUGUCCAAGUAUUGGUCACCGAUCCAAGGGAGCUUGAGAAAAUUCGUCAAAGAGAAGCUGAUAUGACUAAAGAGCGAAUUGAGAAACUUCUGAAAGCUGGAGCCAAUGUUGUUCUAACUACAAAAGGGAUUGAUGACAUGGCACUUAAGUACUUUGUGGAGGCUGGGGCAAUUGCUGUGAGGCGUGUUCGGAAAGAUGACAUGCGCCAUGUUGCCAAGGCAACUGGUGCAACUAUGGUUUCAACGUUUGCUGACAUGGAAGGGGAUGAGACAUUUGAUUCAUCAUUUCUUGGAUAUGCAGAUGAAGUUGUGGAGGAACGCAUUGCAGAUGAUGAUGUUAUUAUGAUAAAAGGAACCAAAACGACUAGCGGCGUUUCCUUAAUCCUCAGAGGUGCUAAUGACUAUAUGCUUGAUGAGAUGGAUAGGGCUUUGCAUGAUGCUCUAUCAAUUGUCAAGAGGACCCUUGAAUCCAACACGGUGGUAGCAGGUGGAGGUGCUGUUGAGGCUGCUUUAUCUGUGUAUUUGGAGUACCUUGCAACAACUUUAGGAUCCCGAGAGCAGUUGGCAAUUGCAGAAUUUGCUGAAUCUUUACUAAUAAUACCGAAGGUGCUUGCUGUGAAUGCUGCAAAAGACGCGACUGAAUUAGUUGCAAAACUACGGGCUUACCACCACACUGCCCAAACGAAGGCAGAUAAGAAGCAUCUCUCAAGCAUGGGACUGGAUCUUUUAAAAGGAACUGUCCGUAAUAACCUAGAAGCUGGGGUUAUUGAGCCUGCAAUGAGCAAAGUGAAGAUCCUACAGGUAAAAGCUGCAAAACAAUUAAUAUUUAUGAUAAAACUUGGUUUCAAAAGAGUCCAGCUGAAAUUUCUGGUGUGCAGUUUGCAACAGAAGCAGCCAUAACAAUUCUUCGAAUUGACGACAUGAUCAAGCUUGUCAAAGAUGAAACUCAGAAUGAAGAAGAUUAGAGGAGAGCAGCCUCGGAGUUGUUGCACGUAUUGCAGUAUUAUUGUUAUUAUUACGGGGAAACAAUUGACGACAAGGGCCUUUUUGUCAUUUCUGUUUUUCUCCAAUGGUCCCUUUUCAUGGUUUGAGAUGGAAAAUAUGGUUUGGGAACAAGAGCAAUCUCUCCAAUUUUUCUAUUGUUUGGUUAAUGUAUUAUGGUAGUUCAAUUUUGUGGGAAUUAGGCAAAAUUUCAUAGAGGAGUUUGGUCGUCGAAUGUGAUUUGGGAAGCAUGGUCCUAAGGUGCUUGGUGUUUACACCACAUAUAUGGAAUCCAGAUUCCCCUUUUUUGGUUCUCAAAA